AUGGAGCGGUAUGAGAAGGUGGUUUUCAUGGAUGUGGAUGCGAUGGCGCUGGCGAAUCUGGACUUUAUGUUUGAGCGGGAGGAGCCGACGGGUGUGCCGAGUUACCUCACAGAGGCGUUUAACAGCGGCAUGUUUGUGCUCAAGCCCUCCCAGGCCACGUUCACAUCUCUGGUGGCGAACAUCGACGUGCUGGGCUGGGCUGGGCUGGGCUGGGCUGGGCUGGGCUGUGAGGCGUCUCAAAUCUCUCAAGUGCACCCCUCUCCACCCCAACAGGCAACGUUCACAUCUCUGGUGGCGAACAUCGACGUCCUCGGUUCCACAGACAACGCGGACCAGGGCUACCUGAACCGCUACUGGGCGGGCUUUCCCAACAUGUCCUCCUCGCACCGCCUGCCCUACCGCUUCAACGCCAUGCUCCUCUACCCGCGCAACUACCCCCCUCCGCGCUGGUACGACGUGGACCGCGCACAUGAGAUAAUGGGUCCUGUGAUGGUGGCUCAUCUGGGCGGCCCGUGGGGAAAGCCGGCUGGUAUGGGCUCGAAUCGGCCUGUGCCGGGCCCGAAUGGGUGCCACUGGUGCUUUGUGAAUGGGGAGCAGCCGUACGCGGUGUGGUUGAGGAUCUGGUAUAAUGUGUCCCGUGCGCUGUAUGAUAACUGCUGGUUCCCGUUGUAUGCGGGGGGCGGGGGUGUGGGUGGGGAAGAGGGGAGCGUCAACGGUGGAGGGGAGCAGGGGCGGGAGGAGAGAGGGUUAAGCAGCCGGUUUUCGCUCACUUCCGGGCUGCCGAACGCGGCGGAUUAUGAAUCAGAAGGGCCGGGGAAGAAGCCGCGUGCGGCUGAGUGGGUGAGGCCAAGCAUGACGGAGAGUGCCGUGGAAGGACCAGGAGGGGCAGAGUUGGGUGGCUCGAGCGGCAGCUGGGGCCGCUUGGUGGUGGCAACAGUGGUAUCAGCACGCAACCAGCAUGCAGCAGUCCCCUGGGCGAUGUCAUACAACAAGCUCCACCCGCCCGGCCCUUCCCGAGUCCCCUCUCUCCUGCUCGUGCUCCCAUCAGUCCCCGCCCCCCACCGGAAACUCCUAGAGCCCCUGUUUGAUCACGUGCGGGUGGUCCCCUCAGCGGGCCGUGCGGGGCGAGAGGGGAAAGAGGAGGGCCAGGAGAAGGGCCAGGAGGAGAAAAAGGAGGAGGAGGAAGAGGAGGAGGCGGAGAUGUCAGUGCUGCAGGUGUGGAACCAGACGGAUUUCGACCGGGUGCUCUAUGUGGAUGUGCUCUCUCUCUUUGCCACCAACAUCCAGCUCGUUUUCUCCGAGUUCCAGCCGUUUGCUGCGCCCCCGCUGCGCUUCCCCCCUGAUAUGUUCUCUACACGAGUCAUGCUGCUGCAGCCGAACCAAGAGGUGCUCUCACGGAUGCUGCAGACGCGGCAAGACCGUGCGAGCAGCGCGAGCAGCGGGAGCAGCGGGAGCGGUGGGAGCGGUGGGAGCGGUGGGAAUGGGAGCAGCACGGAGUAUCUAGACCUGUUCCUAAACGCGUACUAUGGAACCUGGUUCUACGAAUCCCCGCAACACCGCAUGCCGUACGCGUAUGCAGUCAACCUGAGGUACAAUCAGAGGCUAAGACAGUACCAGCCGCACCCGCGCAUUGUCACGUUUGAUGGGGAUUCGCCGCUGCGCAUGGAUGUGCGCGUGUGGGCGGACCCAGCAGGGGGCUCUAGUGUUAACUAUGGCCGCUUGACCACUGAUCGCCUUGUGGUACGCAAGGCGUUUCCCCCCCAUUCUUCCCCAUUCCUCCCCGUUCCUCCCCAUUCCGCCCCAUUCCCCAACGCCCCGCUGCUCCCUUCCCCUCUUCUCUCUCCUCCCUCCCCAUGUUCGCAACCAGUCAUCCCCUGCAUCUGCCUCUCCUCCUCGCGAAUUCCACCCCUCCCCUUCCCUUCCCCUCCUCCCCUCCUCUUCCUCCGCACAUUCUUCCCCCCACCCCCCGCACCCCUCAGCCACAGCACCAUCAGUGCAGUACCUAGCGAUAGCACACCUGUGGGAGCAGCUGAGCAAGGCGAGACUCAACCUGGCUUCCCCAAGCUCUUCCAGUCCCACAGCACCAUCAGUGCAGUACCUAGCCAUAGCGCACCUGUGGGAGCAGCUGAGCAAGGCGAGACCCCACCAGAAGGGGGAAACGCCCCACUCGUAUUCCCCAACGCCCCCGUCCCCGCUCCCCGCCCCUACCCCCCACACCUCUUUCCCCGCACGUCCUCUCCCCCCUUUUCCCCAGCCACGGCGCCAUCCGUCCAGUACCUAGCCAUAGCGCACCUGUGGGAGCAGCUGAGCAAAGCACGCCUGCACCUGGCAGAGGCUACGUGGUCCAUGGCCCAAUCUGUCCAGUAUCUAGCCAUAGCACACCUGUGGGAGCAGCUGAGCAAGGCGCGCCUCCACCUGGCAGAAGCCAUGGCUCUGGCGCGCCACUGGGGGCGCACUCUUGUGCUGCCACGUGUCAGCAGCAGCCGCAUCGGCGGCAACAACGUGCCACGUGGCACCCUGCCUGCGUGCGCGUACUUUGACACGGCCCUGAUUGGCCGGUUUGUGCCGUGGGUGAGAGAGGAGUUCCUGUGGGGUUCCGUGGUGCCUGCUUGGGAGGGGAGGGGGAGAGAGGGAGGUGGGAGAGGAGGGAGAGGAGGGGGAGGAGGGGAGGGGAGGGGGUGGAGGAGCAGCGUUGUUCUGCUGGACGAUUUCAAGGGGCAGCGAUGCAAUCUGGUGCGCUGGCUGACUGACUGGCUGUGGGAGGAGGGUGCGGUGAAGACAGCCUCGUUUCUAAAAACGCACUACCCCUUCCCGGCCGCCCCGCACCUGCCCUCCUCCUGGAACACCUCUCUCUACCGCCUCGCCUUCUCCUCCUCACCUCCCGCCCCGCUGCACUGCACCACCAGCUGUGACGACCGCGCGUGGUUACGCUGGUUACCGCCGCGCGCAGAGGACCUAAGGGUUCCAGAGGAGGUGGCAGUGCUGAUGAAGUUCACUCAUACUGCGUGCCUGGGCCAACUGCAACCGCUGGCUGAGCUAGCCCAGGAGCACAUAGCAUACGCACCGCACCUGCACCGUCUCGCCUCCGCCUUCGCGUCCCAGAACCUGCAGGGAGGCGGGCGGUACGUGGCGGCGCACUGGCGGAUAGAGAAGGCGAUGAUGAGCCACCGGUCGGCCGUGCAGAUGCACCAGUGCGUGCAGGGCCUGCUGAGAGAUGCGGCUGUGUGGUGGCUGCAGGAGCGGGAGCGACAAGGGAUGGUGGCGGGAGGGGGUGGAGGGGGAGAGGGAGGAGGAGGAGGGGGAGGAGGAGGAGGGGGAGGAGGAGGAGGGGGAGGAGGAGAGGGGGACAAGGUUCCGCGUUCCUUCCUCUAUCUUCCCCCGAUUCACCCGAUUCACAUCCCACAUGCGCUCUUUUCUCUCCUCCCACGCAACCCAUCCCCUUUCCUCUCCCCUUCCCCCUGCAUCUCUCCCCCGCACCAGGCCAUAUUAGACAAGCUGCUGUGCAUAAAGGCGGCCAUAUUAGACAAGCUGCUGUGCAUAAAGGCAGCAGUGUUCCUGUACCCACCGCCCAGCUGCAGGAACUACGCACACACAGGGAGCGGCUCUGCAGUGGCUGAUGAGAUCUGCUGGUGGCGGGAGAGGCAAGGGAGCGGUGGGGGGAAGGGUGUAGCUCCUUGCCGCAUGUGGAGUGACGGGCGUUGA